AUGUUCGUCAAUAUAAAAGCACUGUCGCUUUCUGCGGCGGCUAGUUCUUUGGGUCCUAUAGAGAGUAAAAGAAUAAUAACAAUGAAGACUUUUAUUGUUUUGGCUUGCAUGAUCUUGUCGGUUUACGCCGCAGACAAAUAUAAUUCAAAAUACGAUAACUUCGAUGUGGACACAUUGAUAGAAAACGAUAGACUGCUCAAAUCAUACGUCAAUUGCUUCUUAGAUAAGGGAAGAUGUACUGCUGAAGGAACGGAUUUCAAAAAAGCCCUCCCAGAAGCCGUAGAAACGACCUGCGGAAAAUGCACCGAUAAACAAAAGGUGAACAUCAAGAAGGUUAUCAAGGCUAUUCAACAGAAGCACCCGAAGCAAUGGGAAGAGCUUGUAAAGAAGAACGACCCUACUGGCAACCACCGUGCAAACUUUGAGAAGUUUAUCCAGGGUAGCUAAAUCGAUCUUAGUUAUCCUUAUCCAAAUUAGAGAUAUAAAUAUAUUUUAAUAUUAGUUUUAAGAAGUUAAUUUCACCAAGUGAUUAUAAUCGUUAGAGAAUGGGAGCUGUUUAUGGAAAAAUCUAUUUCAUCGUUUAUCGUCGUCUCCGAAUAGUCAACCUUCUUAAUCACUCUUUAUGUUUCAAUUACCCAAAUAUAAAAACGAUUAUGUAGCCUAUCUUACGGUAAGAACCAUACUGAAUGUUAUUUGUUGUCCACAAAAUGCCUGAUUAGGGAUCAUACUUUUCGCUACUUACGUCACAUUGACGAUAAAUAUUAUUUCGAUCUAGAAUGAGAAUAAGAAAAUCAUCAGUUUGGUUUUAGUAUAACGAGAAUCAAUAUAAUUAUAAGGUAAUGCAUUUGUGAUCUGUUAAAGGAAAUGGUGAAAAACUGUUAUUUAUUUAAUUAAUUUGUGUUGACUGAUUUAAAUAAAUGAAAG